AGGCCAGGCCAGCUGUUGUCUCCCAGGCUCCUCCUCCUCCCUCCUCCUCCUCCUUCUCCGGGGUCCCGCUCUGCUAAGACGGCCAUGCUGCAGAUGGAUGAUUCGGUGGAGCCGGAGGCGGCUGUGCUCCCCACCGAGGGCAUCGCGGGCCCGGGCUUCCCGGGGGGAGUCGCCGCCGCCGCACGAACUGAGCCGCCUCCCUCACAGCCCGCGGCCGCCGCCGUCAGCAGUUCGGAGAGCGCCGUUCCCGCAGCCCAUGGGGCCGAGACCCUGACUCCGUUCAGUGUGAAGGAUCCCACUCUGCAGGCCAAGAUCAAGGAUUACUUCGUGUUCAGGCCAGGGACCAUUGAACGGGCUGUUUCUGAUAUUCGGUCCAUCGCCAUGCCAACAGAGGAUGGAGGUGUGCAGAGUGUGUGGCUGCUAACUGAAAUUGACCAUUGGAACAACGAGAAGGAACGCCUGGUACUGAUCACUGAGCGAUCCCUACUCCUCUGUAAAUAUGACUUCAUCAACCUCAUCUGCCGACAGGUUAUUCGAAUUUCACUCAAUGCAGUGGAUACCAUUUCAAUUGGAGAGUUUCUGUUUCCUCCAAAGUCUCUGAAUAAGAGAGAGGGACAUGGGAUUCGCGUUCAAUGGGACAAGCGGGAUAGACCUUCAUUUAUUAACCGCUGGAAUCCAUGGUCCACUGACAUGCCAUAUGCCACCUUCACUGAACACCCCAUGGCAAACGCAGAUGAGAAGAUUGCAUCCCUCUGUCAGCUCGAGAAUUUUAAGACCCAAUUAAUCCAAGCUGUGAAGAAGGCUCACAAAGAGGCACCACUGCCAGGCCGGGCUAAUGGAGUGCUGAUCCUGGAGCGACCCCUUCUCAUCCAGACCUAUAUUGGUCUAAUGUCCUUCAUUAACAAUGAAGCCAAACUGGGCUAUUCAAUGUCAAGGGGGACAAUUGGAUUUUAAACCAAAGGGUUUUAAGCUUUGCUGUGCCCAGUUGGUAGGAUCUUCCACCUAUAUGGUAUUUUACAUUGCCUCUUCUGCACCUUUUCAAUUUCUAUUAAUCCAACCUUCAGUCAGGAACUGGGCAGUUUUGGAUGCAUAUUGUAAAGGAGUUGGAUACAUCAGGCCAGUUUGUAUUCUAUCCUGAGAGCACAUUAUAUAUACUGCAGCAUGUGGUACAAUGUCAUUUUUAAAAACAAAUUGCUUCAGAAUUAUUGCAUAUUAUUCACAGGAAAAUAUAGCAUUGCAAUCUGGAAAAUGAUGAGCAGUGUGCCCUGCUUGUAUUGUGGGUCUAUUAUCAUUUUUGAUGAUCUGCUUACUGUACUUAAGCAUUUGUGCUUUUGAAACCUAAUGGAAACAGGACAUGUUGGAGGGAUGGAAUGCUAUUAUGUCCACUAGGAGCCUGAGGGAAAUGAAAGUCUGUGCUUUUAUGAAGAGAAAGUGCGUAAUGUAGUGAGUUACAUUACCCUUUCACCUUCAAAUAUAGACCAAUAAUGCAUUCUCUAUCUCUGAGGGAAGGUGGAUGUCAGGAUUCAGAUACAAUCUAGAUCGUGGGAAUAUCUUUUCUGAUAGUUGUCAUAAUGAGGGAAGUUUGAACAGUCACAGUUCACUAUGCAGCAGCUGUAAAACAGAUAAAGAACUGAUUGUCAGGAUUUCCAAGGGAAUGCAAGUACUGAAGCUGCACUACUCCAGUUUUGUCAUGGGUCUGAAAUGAUGGCCAGGUGCUGUACUACGACAGCACAUUUGUGGAUGGGGUGGUUAAGAUCAGUAAUGUUCAGAGUCGCAGAUGAUUUCACACUUGUUGAAUGAGAAUUGUUGUAAUGCUAUGAAGAAAACCGGCAUAGGUUGUAAGCAGCAUUGUCAGCCUAAAAACAACAGCCAUGUAUCUCAAAGCUAGAACGUUGCAAUACAACCAGCACACCCCCAAUCUACAGUGGUUUGCUCAUUUUCCCAGUGCCUUCUGUUGAAUGAGUUUCCAGAUUGGUUCUGAGGCAGCACUUUUAUUAGACAUAAAAUCAAACACAGAUGACUGAAUACUUUCCAUCUCUAUAUAUCUUACUGAAAUGCAUUUCCUCAAGUGUCACAUCAAAAAAGCAAACGAUGGAAUACAAAUCACCAGAGACAGAAUGGUUGCAGCCUCUUUAUUGACCUCUGUGUUUAUUUAGCAGCAAUUAGGCUUUGACAUUUUAAAAGAAUACAUUGUUUUACACAGUUUUCCAUUCUUAAAAGUUUUUUUUCUCUGAAUUGGGAACAGCAGAAAAUGAAUUGUGAAAAAAACAAGCAGUUAAAACUGUAACCAAAUAUGGCUGCCAUUGUAAGUGGCUGAAAGCUUAUUUUAAAUGUCUAGCCUAGUUUAACAGGCCCCAAUAUUGACCAACUCAGGUGUGCCUUUAAGUAGUCAUAUUUGUCUCUAUAGUUGAAAACCUCUGCUUUGAUCUGUUUAUGUAUAUUCAAAUUGGCAGAUUGAAGUACUAUUUUAAUAAGUCUUGUGCAAAUACUGAAAACCCUUUCAAGUGUUGAGUAUCUUGUUACAAAUUUUCAGAAAUCUUGGGUUCUGAAUAUUCCAUCCUUUUGAGAUUUGAAAUAUAAUUCAGACAGUUAUAAUCACCUGCUGAACACAGGGUACAGUACUGGAGUCACUUAUUGUUAUUUGUGAGCAAUUUUAAUUUAUAAUGGUGCCUCACUAAGAUAAAAUAAUCACAAAAAAACAUGGUUGAUGUGUCAGUAUCUCGGUUGUAAUCCAGAAAUAAUGUGUAAUUCAUUAUAAGGAAGCUAUUUCCAUUACAUAACAGGGUGUUGCAGUUGUUAGUAGUACCCUGAUUGUCAUACAAGGGCUAGAGUUUUCUUUCAUUCUAAAUACUGAGCAAUAGUGAUAAAUAGGGGUACAGUGGUGUAGUGAUUAUGGUACUGGACUAGCAACUUAUGGCACCAGAAGAUCCAAUUCGACCACAAGAAGUUAUGAAAUUAAGUGGUUGAGUGGCACAGUAAUAAUGUGACCACAAAAGCUGCUGUUAAAAAAACCCAUGAGGUUCACUACCACCUUUCAGGGAAGCCUGGCCGCCUUACCCAAUCUGGUUUCUGCUCCUAGACCAGUGCUUCCCAAACCUUUUCCCACUGUGACCCCAUUUUGAGGCUUCAAAAUUGCUAUGACUGCAGAGUGUGUUAAAUCACCUACCUUUUCACUAGCUUCUAGGAGCAGUAAACAGACCUCAAAGAAAAGUCAGUUAGGCCAUGCCCUCCAGUGGAAAAAGAAAUGCUGGGAUUUGAAGAGGCCUUGCAGCUGUUAGCACUCAGUUCAAGUUCCGCGGCAGCCAUUGCUGCCUUGGAACUCACGACCCCAAAAUCUCAGGAUCCACAGUUGGAGAGGCCCUGUCCUAGACUAUAUGGUUAAUGGUUAAUUUACUCUAAAGUGGUCCAGCAAGCCAAGCAGUUGCAGGCAAUCACUAUUAAGCAAACUUCCACCCCUUCAGACUGACUAGCAAAGCAACAAAAUCUUUCAAACAUUUAAAACGGCAAAUAGUGUCACACUGGUGCAAAUAUUCAGUGCUCCUUUGUAUCUGCCACACUCAUUGGCCCUAUCUGACCAAAACAUUCCAACCUUUACAAAUUCAAUUAGCAAUUAAAUGUAUCUGCUUUAGGACCAAGAUGGGGAAGAAUUUCUUCAGUCAGAGGGUGGUGAAUCUUUGGAAUUCUCUACCCAGGAGGCUGUGGAGGCUCAGUCAGUAUGUUCAAAGCAGAGAUCAAAAAAUUUGUGACCAAUGACAUCAAAGGAUACGGGAAUAGUACAGGAAGAUGGCACUGAGGUAGAAGAUCAGCCAUGAUCCAGUUAAAUGGCAGAGCAGGCUCCAGGGGCCGAAAGGCCUACUCCUGCUCCUGCUCCUAUGUUCCUAGUAGCUCCUAACAGUGUUUUAUUCUCUAAAUAAUUCCCCUCUUCCUCCAUAUGUUCUGUAAAAAGUAACUCAUUUAAAGACUAAGGAGUGAGUCAGAAAUGAAAAUUUGUGCUUUUUCUUAAUCUUACCUUUACUGAAACUCUGCUCCCUCAGUAAUAAUUUAAGUAAGCAGCAAGGGAGUAAAGUCCACUGUUGUGAGGGGAGGGGGUGGAGACAUGUGUGGGGCAGGCUACAUCACAAUAAGAAUUCAACACAUUUUAGAGAGUCUUGACAUAUUUGCAAACACAUUCACAGGUAGCUCUGGUGUCAAUAGUUGAAUACUCAGCUAUGUACAAUGACAUCAGUCCAUUUAAAAAUGAGAGAUUAAUGAAGCGUGCUCAUCAAAUCCAGAAACUGGGAAUGAUUGGCAAAAGAUGCUUAGACUGUGUUAAAGUAUAGUGAUAACUAUAAUCCAAUCUUUUGUAAGCAUUUUUGUGUUUUAUUUAAAGCCAUCACAAUUGCUAAUAAAACUGAUCAUUAAAUAUG